AUGACCAACCCUAAAGCUAAACGACAGCCGAUUCAAACGGCGUCCACCUAUUUCAAGCCUUACGAUAAGGCAAACUAUAAAGCCGACCUUGUGGAUUUUAUCACCGCCGUUGAUCCAGAGGCCCACAUCCCCAGCAAAUUCAAGGUUAACAAUGAAUUACGUGAAUUGGCUAAUGAGUACUUGUCAAUACUCAGACUUCGAAACAUGCCGGGUGCACCUACUUCACCAGAAUCAUCUCUGCUCUCAUCGCCCAAGGAGUUUUUGGAACCAGCGCCUUCCCCCUCACCACCAAAAGUUCCUCGAUCACCAGGUCGUCGCCCCACAGCCCCAAGAAUACCCGCAACGCCAUCACCGCCACGAGCAAGAUCUGGCCGAUCAGUCCAGACAACUGCUCAAUCACCGGCAAGAACAGCGGCCCGUUCACCUGUGCGGACCUCCGCCCGAUCGCCUGUGCGGACCUCCGCCCGAUCGCCUGUGCGGACCUCCGCCCAAUUGCCUGUCAGAACUGCAGCCCGAUCUGUCAGAACCUCUGCCCGAGCGCCUGUCAGAAUCCCUGUUGCCCGAUCACCGGCCAAAACCUCAUCAAGAUCUUCCAAGCGCAGGGCGUCAUCGGCCUCACCCUCUCCUAAUCAAUAUCAUGGUCGUAGCCCCGGUCGUGGCCGUAGCCCCGCUCGAGACCGUAGCCCCGGUCGUGGCCGCUCAACAGCUGCUGUGACUCUUGCCCGAUCACCGGCCAAAACCUCAUCAAGAUAUUCCAAGCGCAGGGCGUCAUCGGCCUCACCCUCUCCUAAUCAACAUCGUGGUCGUAGCCCCAGUCGUGGCUGUAGCCCCGGUCGUGAACGUAGCCCCAGUCGUGGCCGCUCAACAGCUGCUGUGACUCGAACCCCAUCAAAAUCUUCCAAGCGGACUGCUCAGGCAUCACCCUCGCCCUCUCCUAAGCCAUAUCGUGGCCGGAAAGCUCCAGCAAAAUCCUCGAGCUCUCCCUCACCAAAACGAGUAUCUACCAGGAGAUCAGCUUCCCCGCCACCAAGACGUUCCUGUUCUCGCGAUCAAAAUCGGGUUCAUUCACCAAUGAAGAGACGCCGCCAGGUCACGUUUGAAAAAUCGCAUCCCACCAGAUACAAACAGAAACUCAGGCACAAUGAAGACCCCUUGGAUAGUGAAGAGCAAGAUUCAGCGUCACAAGAUAUUUCCCAGUCUGACGAUGCCUCUCAAUCCGAAGACUCAACAACCUCCCACACCUCUCAGCCCAACCCAGAUGACAGGCGCACCGCAAAACGUAGCCCGGCGCCCAAGACUGCACCCGCUGGAAGGAGCCGCACAAAAAAACCCAUCAAGUCCCCAGUCAGGCCACGACUCAAGUCGGCCCUCAAAGGUGCGACAAAGCCACUCAAGAGGCGUACUUGA